UUGGAUGCAUGCUGGACCGAUGCUGGUAGUAUUGCGGCCGACGUUGGGAACACUUCUAUGCCUCGAAGCUUACCGGAGGUCGUUUGGAUGACAGGAACCUCCCAUGCGGAGGAGAUAGAGGUGAUUGAUAGUAGAGCUAGAAGGAGAGUUGCGAGUGUUUGGAGCAUUUGUUCCAAGGUUUACGUCUGUCUAUGUAGACGCAGUCGAGCAAAGUCUUGGAAAACUAGUGAGAUGUAUUGGAUUAGUGGAAACUGGUUGUUUACCUUUGGCUAUGCCGCCUUCUUUCGGAGGAAGUCCUUCUCCCCGUUGUUCACUCCCAGUGUAGCGCAGUCAUUAGGCAAUGCACACCAUCCUCUCAGGUGCAUCCGACAUGAGGAGCCGACACUUCUUGGCUCCGAUAAGCGGAUCGAAUUUGCGUGGCUGAUGGAGACCUGGCGUGGGCACAGUUGGUAUAGUCUGCUUCAAGAGGUAGAGGAUAGAGACAACAAUGCUGAGCUGAACCCCGAACCUUUCUUAAACCGGGUUUCGCGUAUCGCACGGCCAAAAUAUGUUUCGCUGAUUUGGGUUUUGUUGAAUAGGUCUGCUCAGCAAUGGGUAGAUAUCAUGUCUACGGUUCAGAAGGAUUUUAGUAAGGAAUGUGCAUGGUAG